UCCUCAAAUGAAAUGUCAAAGUAAAUCAUCACGUUUUCUGUCUUUUGAUGUAAUAAUUCUGGAUAAUUCAGAAGAAAUUUGGAUUUAAGUUCUGAACAAUUUAAAUUAAAUAUGUCUAAUGUAAGUGAAGAUGGUGAUAUCUAUUCUAGUCAAGGAAGUUCACCUUUUUCUGGCUUGACAGGUGCUUACAAACCUUUUUCAUCACCCUAUUUGAAUUACGAUCCAGGAUAUUUGAAUCAAGCACAACCGGAAUUCAUAUUUCUGGAUGGAGCAAGUAAACAGAGAGGCCGCAUGGAACUGGCUUUCGGACAAAUUGGAGGUUCCUGUAUGAUAGGAGCAGCUAUAGGCGGUGCUACAGGUUUUUAUAAUGGCCUUCGUGCAACUACACUAGCAGGACAAACUGGAAAAUUGAGGAGAACACAAUUAAUAAAUCAUAUAAUGAAAAAAGGAAGUGCAACAGCUAACACCUUUGGAUCAGUAGCUGUAAUAUAUUCAGCUUUUGGAGUAAUUCUAUCAUGGGUAAGGGGAACAGAUGAUGACCUUAACACAAUAACAGCAGCAACAGCCACAGGUCUUUUAUAUAAAUCUACAGCUGGUAUCAAAAAAUGUGGAAUAGGCGGAGGUAUAGGACUAGGAGUUUCAUUAUUAUAUGCUUUCUGGAACAAUCGAGAUAAGUUGACUGCAAUAAGGACAUUUAACCCAGCGUAAGAAUUAAUCUCACAUUUGAUGGAAAAUUGUUCUGAAAUUUUCUUAGAAAUAUCUUCUUGAGACUUCAAACUACUAAGUUAUAGCACCAUUUUGUCGUCAUUAGAGCUCACUCUAAAGAUUUAUUAUUGAUAUAGUUUAUAUUAUGUAUAUCAAUUGUUUAAACUCUGGAGAGAAUGUAAUUAAAGAAUUGAACUCUCAAUGAGGUUGGAAUAUUUAUGCACAUCUAUUUUUAACUAUAUUCAAAAAAUAUCCUUCAAUACCUUGAAUUCAAUCAUUUAAUAUUCUAAUCACAGGUUUUUUAUAUGCGAUUCAUUUUGUAUAAUUUUUUUGGCUACUUACUGUACUCAAUUAUUUCAUGUUGAAGUAAAUUUAAUAUAUUUGUACUCUGGAAAAUGAAGCAUAAAAUCAGCAAAUGAAAGAGAACAAAUUAAAAGUAAAUCAUUCUUUCAAAUUUUUGCAUUUAUAUAUAAAUGCAAAAACUUGAAAAGUUGAUUAAGUUUAGGUAUUAUAAAUACUUUUUUCAUAUCAUCUAUCAACUCAACAACUAUAACCUCAAAAUAUACCUGUUAACAUACCCAUCAAUCAGCAUUGAAUUAUAAGAAUAAAAUAAUACACAUUUGAUCUGUGUAGUUCUUGCUUGCAAGUCUGUAAUCAAUUUAAAAAAAAUCAAUCUUUGUUCCAACAUAGUUUUAUAUUGUUUGCUGUGAUAUUGUGCUAUAAGAUGUGAAGAUUUCAAUAAAUUAACCAACUAGAUAUAUAUUUUGAAAGCUCUUUGAUUCAAUUAAAUCCUUUAUUCAUUUAGUAUUUUUCUUCAACAGGAAAUAAUAGGAUGGGCAGCGUGCAUAAGGAAAUAGAACAUUUAUCCUUUUAACUCCAAAAUGUAAAAUUGUAAAUAAAUUAAUUAGUUUUAAAGACUAA